CCCACCCCCGGGGAGGACGGUACAGGAACUAUGAGACCUGUAACUCUUAAAUCUUGAUUUUCUGGUUUUUCAGAAAGCAGGUGGCAGAGAACAUGACAGACGGGGACAUGGCCCUGAAAGAAGUUGAACUCGGCGAUGCAGAGAAGAGGGUUCCCAGGAAGAUAAUCCACUUUGCAAGUGGAGAAACCAUGGAAGAAUACAGCACAGAAGAAGAGGACGAAGAAGAAGACGACCAGAGGGUUGAUUUUCAGAAUGUAGACACGAAGCAGAUGAGCUGGAGAACAUACGUGCAGUUUUGGAUUCUGCGAAUAGCUACAACCGCCUUUUUCACUUGUGACUACCUUGGAGGGCGGCUGGCAAACCUUUUUGGUCUUAAUGCUUCUAAAUAUCAGUACGCCAUUGAUGAAUACCACAGAGCGCAGGAAGAGGACAGUGAUGAUGAUGAAGAUGAUGAAAGUGUGAAGGAAACAGGAGACAAAAAUUUAGAAAAUGAAAGCCAUUACUUACAGAUGCAAAGCAUGGAAUAUGGAACGAUUAAUGUCAUAGACAAUACGUCAGAAUCGGGGGAUAAGUAUAAGAUGGACUCUGAGAUCCUCCAAUCAAACAAUUGACUCUAGCUACUAACUCCAAGAAGUUGUUUUACCUUCUAAAAAGUGGAGCUGGUCUCUUCAAACGCUUAGUCCAAUGGAAAGAUGACGCGUACACUAUCUAACGUAAAGAAGUUACAGAAAAGUUGGAAAGCAAUAAAUAUAUUGUCACAUGGUACAAGAAAAACCAUUGCUAAUUGAGAAUUUGGCGCCUCAUGGAGGAACCAUACAGAGCGUCUUUAGAGCGUCAACCUAUGACUCAUUGAUUAGUCUUUUGUCUCAUAAUUACAGUCUUCCUUGGUUACUUUCUGCUCUGGUCUACACUUUCCGUUCUUUUGGAUGGGAGGUGUACACCUUUUAAUACGUGGCUUGGCUGAGUCCACGACAGCACAAGACCCUCAUGCUUACUGGUUCUUUACCUAAAAGCCCCUCACAAUGUCGAUACACCUUAAUGAGGCACACGUACAAUGGUUAUCUUCAUGAGACAAGCCCUUAAUUGCCACAGAGCUGGGUUUUUUGGAUGCUUAUUUAAAUUUUUAUCUUGAUUCAUAUGAGUUGUGCAUUUAUAGUUUAAUUAAUUUAUAAAACAUCAAGCAAAAUUUUUGUUAAUAAAUUGAUGAUCG